AUGACUAUGGCAAAGAAACCUCACGCACAUGCCAGCUGUAUCAAUGGGCUUGGCUUUGUCGACAAAGAAAAGGAGUGUCAAGAAAUGGAAGAUAUAAGAAGGUUAUCAUUGUUCAGCGUUUCCGCCGAUCAGAAGCUCAAGAUCUGGGAGAUCGAUCCAAUGUUACUCGAAAUCAAUCUGACAAAAGUCUUCCACAGCGAUGUGGCUGAUUGUUCUUCAAUUGAUGUCGCUUGUCUUGAGACUGGCCCUCAACAACUUCCAAAUCAAGGCCCCCACAAUGCGUGUAUUUUCUUGGCUGGGAUCGGUAUUGAGAGAAGACUAUUUACUACUACUACUACUACUAAUACAACUUCAAAAUCGAUGUUGUUGUGA